AUGGACCCCGAGGCUUUCCCGCUGCUGCGGGUCACUCUCCUCGGCUCCAGCAGCAGCGGGAAGACCAGCAUAGCAGAUUGCUUCGUCAACAAUGUGCAGGACAGGGCCACUCCGCCCCCCAGCACGCAGCUCCCCAGGCUUUUGUACCGCGUGCUGCGGCUGCCGGGAGACGGAGAAGCUGGCAGCAGCCGCAGAGUCCUUUUUGAAUUGGAAGACACUUUUGCUCCUCAAAAAGAAAACAGCAGCAAAUCCAUCAGAGCCCUCGCAGACAUGAAACGCAAACAGGUGGCCCUUCCGCGGCACGUGCGGGACUUCACUCCCUUUUCGAUUUGGAGGCCUCCAAUAAACCCUCAAGCGGAAAACGACAAAUACAGGUCCAUUGCCCAUGGGCGAAUGGGAUUCUUAAUUGUGUUUGACGUAAAUGACCCCAGCAGCUUCACAGUCGCUUCGGAGCUUCUCGACCUCGUCAGAGACUUCGCGGAGUACCGAAAC